GGUGAAGCGGCCGCCGGGUUCUCCGCCUGUCUUCAAGGCGCGUUACGUUGCACGAGGCUUCAGUCAGCGAGAGGGAGUUGACUUCUUCCAGACCUUCUUCCCCACCCCGAAGAUGACCACUCUUCGGGUUCUGCAGCAUGUCGCCGCUCAGCGUGACUACGAGCUGCACUCUCUUGACUUCAGCACUGCUUUCCGUAAGGGCAGCCUGCACGAGGAGAUCUGGCUGCGCCGCCCACCUGGCUUCACUGGGUCGUUUCCUGCUGGUACCCAGUGGAGCCUCCGGCGGCCAGUCUACGGUCUCCGCCGGGCGCCCUGUGAGUGGCACGACACACUGAGGACGACCCUUGCGGCUCUUGGGUUUGCUCCUUCCACUGCUGACCCGUCGCUGUUUCUACGCACCAACACCUCUCUGCCGCCAUUCUACGUCCUCGUGUACGUCGACGACUUGGCCUCUGCUACUUCUGACACCGAGGGACUCGCCCACGUGAAGUCGGAGUUGCAGAAGAGACACACGUACACAGACUUGGGUGAGCUGCGCAGCUAUCUUGGCUUCCGGAUCACCCGGCACAGAGCACAGCACAUCAUUACUUUGACUCAGUCACACAUGGUGCAGCAGGUCCUUCAGCGCUUCGGCUUCAUGUACUCCUCGCCACAGCCCACUCCUCUGCCUACUCGCCACUCGCUCUCAGCUCUGCCUUCGGAUGAGUCCGUAGAGCCGAGUGGCCCAUAUCCAGAGCUUGUGGGCUGCCUCAUGUACCUGAUGACCUGCACUAGACCUGACCUAGCCUACCCUCUUAGCAUCAUGGCACGCAACGUUGCGCCCGGGAGACACCGACCAGAGCACUGGAAGGCCGCUAAGAGGGUGUUGCGCUACUUGUGCAGUACGUCGGGCAUGGGGCUCGUGCUUGGAGGACGGGCUCGAGUUGUCCUCACUGGUCACGCAGACGCUUCCUGGGCUGACGACUUGGCUACGCAGCGGUCGUCACAGGGUUAG